AUGAGUGCAGAGGAGCUGGGGAAGAAGUUGUUGGCGGAGGUGGAAGAGGUUGGCUUGGACGAGUUACUGCAUACGGUUUUACGGAGUGAUGAGUCUCGAGACGGUCGCUUCGGUCUGUCUCAGCUGGAUACCAUGCUUCAAUGCAUUGGAGAGAUCCGCUCAUCAACAAGCAGCCUCCCGCCAACGCCUCCCAUCAUCGAGCUGCAAUCACUAUAUCCAGGAGGCGGUAAAACGCACUUACUCUACCAUCUCACAGCGCUCGCAGUUCUCCCAACGAGUGUUGGAGGUAAGCAAGCAGCUGUGGUCAUCAUCGACACAGACAGUAGGUUCUACGUUCCUCGUCUCGCCCACCAGAUCAAGCGACAGGCCGCCAUCAACCUAAAGGAUGCCGUGCCUCCUUCAGACUUGGACGAGAUCGUGCUCGUCGCCCUCAAGCACGUCCACAUCUUCUCUCCUCAAUCUCUAGCAUCCACAAUAGCAACCAUCACCUCCCUCUCGGCCUACCUUUUCAACGCCACAAAACACCACUCCUUCGACCGCACCAUAUCCUUCAUAGCUCUGGACUCCGCGUCGGCGUUCUACUGGCAACACCGUACAGACACCGACGAUGCUGCACUCAUCACUUCAACCUCAAUCGGAUCCAAACACACCUCCCAACCAAAUGGUUACGUCCAACUUGCGGCCUCACUCAAAAACGCCAUGCGAAUCUUCCACACAUCGCUGAUUUUCACCUCCUGGCACCACGGCCACGUCAAGGAUCCAAGCUCAAAUCUCGGCCCGGACGCCCAAUCUUUUCGAACAUCUCUCCCAGCACCAUGGCCAACUCUACCGACUCUUCGUUUGGUCGUGCAUCGGGCACCAGUGRGGAAGUUACCUAUCGAGAUCAGCGUGGAAGAUGCUCUCCGGGAAUCUGAAUCAAGGCAGAAGGUUGUCGAGAGGGGAAAAGUGGAAUGCUUUGUGAAUGAAUCUGGGAUUGAGGAGAGCGUGAUGCAAAAGUUGCGCGCGAGAGGGGCUGGGUUUGAUUUUUACAUUACGGAGUCUGGUGUAGACUUUGCUGAACAGCUGUAA